CCAUAGUUUCCCCGCAGUGUGACAGCGGACGGAGGACCGACGACACCGGCCGCCAGCCAGCCCCGCCCUGCGUGCCUCGCGGGGAAUAUCGGAGCGUGAUACCGCGAGUCACGGGAGAACGCGGUGGCGCGGCGUCCCAGUGCCAGCAGUGUGGGUGCCGGGCCUCGGCGAGCCACUCCAGACCGUGCCAGGGAGGGAAGAGUGCCGCCGCCGCCGCGCGAGGUGACGCAACGGAACUCGCGCGAAGAAAAGGAAAUCGUUAUUGUUUUACUCCGUGGAUUAUGAGCCUUUUUGAUAAUUGAGAUUAAUAAACGGAAUACAGAUGUUACGAGGAAACUUAUUGAUGAAUCGUUCGACGGUGCGAUAUGAGUGUUACCUGUGCGUUGUGUGAGAUCUCGCAGUGCCUAGACUCGAGGAGGAGCAUCCUGUGCCCCAUGGCGUGAAGCAUGAGUUACUCGCCCACGUUCCUUGUGUUUCCCGAGGGCCACAGAGGAAGAACAGCCUUUGACCAGCCGCAGCAUCACUGCUACGCCCCAGCGAGCAACCUGUGUUUGCACGACAAACACGGAGGCUUAGAAGUCCGUGACGCCUUUGUUUGCGGUCCCAAAGAAAGCAGCGAAGAGGUCCAUGCAAAGGGGAACGCUAACGGGGUCAGUUGCCGCUUCAGUGAAAAGCCGCAGCCGCGGUCGCGCCACCGGCCGAGGCAGUUCCCCGACGGUGCCGAGCGCCAGGACCGCAGAGGGAUCCUGCAUCGGCUCUUCGACUGCAGGAGAGAGAAAGACCAUCAGCCGAGGCCCCCCCCACAGUCGGGAGGUCACGCAAGGCAGCGAGGCCCCGACAGGGAGGGCGACUCGGCCUGCCUCUGCCUGUGCGACCCGCCCGCCCCCAAGAGGCCCUUCAGCCUCGUCGACGCCGCCAUUUCACCGCCCGCUUCGUCCGCCGAGCCUUCCUGGCCCUCCGUACCCGGCUGGGCAGCUGUGCCGAACUCCCCUACAGUGCCAUUCUGGACCGGUAUGCCCGGCUCUCCAAUAGUGCCCGGCUGGGCCCGCACACGCCCGGUGCCAGAGGGCGCCGAGGUGGAGCGGAGAAACCGGGAGGUGCGGGAAGUCCUGACGAAGAGGGACGCCCGCUGUAACGGCCGCCCGAAGGAGCAGAGCGCCGGCAGCCGGCGGCCAUGCCUGGUCCGGCGAUCCUCCGAUCUGGCGUCCCGCGUCGAGGCCGCGAGUCCAGGCGGCAGCCUCUCCUGCACCCAGACGCCCACUCGCGGCAUGAAGAAGUUCCGCAGUCGCCUCAACGUGGCCCGAGGCGCGGGCGUGACGGACGCCCUCGACAGGAAGAGCAUCCUGAGGAGUAUGCCGAACCUGGACACGAUCCUCGGCCACGAGGACCGUUUGGAGAGGAAGAGCGCGCGUGGGGCCGCGAUGUUCAUCUCUUUCGACAAUGACUCCCUCAAUAACAAUAACAGCAACAACAACAAGAACAACAACAAUAACAACCACCUCAACAAUAACGUAGAAUGCUCAUGGCAAGAACUGAAAGCCGCGUCGCGCGUGGCCACACUUGAUAGCUUUGAGAUCAGCUGGUUCCUGGCGGUGCAGUACCGGGUGCAGCUGCAUCGUGGAGUGGCGUGCCUCUCGCAGUGUCGCGUUCCCUCUCGUGCAGCUACGCUGUGGUCACGUGACCUCGGCGCUUUGGGCUUCCAGGAGCACGCACAGAAUCACUUGCAUUCUGCCCGAGGUCGGCCGAUGACCGCAACCCGCUGCAAUGACCGUCGAGUCAGCCCCUAA